AUUCCAACAUUCGCACCCCGAUCGUGGUAUUCAAAUUUAGAGGAGUCCUAUGGACAAAAUGAGACAGAUUUUCGGAAUACUCGGUCAAGGUCACGAAGGAAUAUCGCGAGAGGACCAAAGUUUCGGAUUGUUUUGAAGACCGGGUUGGAUAUUAUUUUAAAAUUUCGGCAGUGUUGGAAUUGAAUCCUUAUUGAUUGAAUCACAGCAGGAGGAUUUAUUAUAUAUUCAAACAUGUAAUAAUUGAUUGUGGUGAUUCUUUUUUUUGGGAUUUAUUACUUUUUCACUGUGGAUUUAAAGAUGUAAGUAAAAAUUGUGAUUUUAACCCCCUGUGAUUGGGAUUACGACAAAUGUGUGUGUAUUUUCCCAUACCAGGUGGAUGAUACUCGAGUAUUGAAGUUAUCACACAUGUGCAUCCAUUCUUAUGAUGCAAAGGGACAAAAAUACCGCGGGAGGUGGUACCAAUGUUGGCCGUUCUGGGGCAACUCCUGGACGCCGACCCUUCCUCCCCGAUCAAGAUGGUCGGCAUAUGCUGAUCAAAAUUAGGGACACUUUACAUAAUCGUUUUAAAAGUGACGAGUCUGGUAAGGAGAUGUCACCCAACAUACCUAUAAAGCCGGAUAUUAACCAGAGUGGUUCUGGGACUCCCACAGGGGCCCCAAAUAAAAUGACAAGAAGCGUCUAUCAUCAGAUAGCCUUACAGAAUAUCAAAGAGCGCCUACGACCAUUUCAAAAUUUGCCCAAUUCGGAUGGAAGUGAACUGCACCAAGGUAGUGCUAGUACAUCGUCCCAGGGUAGUGAGGAUGGAGACAGCAUUGGAAAGCACCUCAGUGAUGAAGUCACACUUGAGUCUAUUGGAGGACACAAUGGCUACAUCAAGAUUGAUAAGUCACAACUCAUACAGAAUCGUAAACAAAGUAUUGAAAUGCCAGUGCAAAAUGGCUUUACAGACAGUACAAGUGAAAGGUCUGAUAGUCCGCAGUGUUCACUUCCCAGUCGGACGAUACCCAACGAUACAUCUGUGGUGAAUGUAAUACCGGUAACCAAUGGUGAUCAGAUUCCUCCACCAGUGCCUCCACGGAUACCGAUAGUGUCAAGUAGUUCAGCACUGGGUGUCAACCAAACCACACCAGUGAACAAACAAAUUAUGAUGGAAGGACCGCAACUAAAUAACCACCAUCACAUGGUCAACCAACAGCUGUCAUCUCGACCGUUAAACAUGAUUCAGUCACCUGGUGAUAUGCAGCAAAUUAUUCCAGGACAACCGCAUAUUAAACACAGCACAAAGUUAAACCAACUACACCAUCAACAGCAACAAGCACAAGGCCUUGCACAUGCAGGGCAUAUCACACCUCAACGGCGGAGUCCGGUCAACAGUGUGGGCCACCAGCCCGUCAUUGUACAGAGACCUACAGGACAGUUGGUGACAAUAUCAAACCCGAAUGGAAGAGGUUCUGGUGGUCAAGGGCAGAUAACUAUCCGUUAUUCCAAUCCACCACCUCCAUAUAGUCAGCAUCCGGUGAGCAGAUCACCAGUAGUAAACAUAUCAAAUCAAGGUCAUACGGAACAGUCACACCUUAUUUCAUCCACAGUUCCUCCUGUGUAUCGGCCUACUCCAAGAUACGAGACUCAGAUCACUGUUAAUAACACUGUACCGGGUUCGCUCACUGGAUCGGAUAAUGUUCUCAAAAAGACUGCUCUCUCUCCAGCACAAUCAAUGGCUUACUGUACUAAGCCGGAAAUUGUGUCGGAAACAGUUAAGAGUAAAAAAGUGACUAAACCUAAGCCUAUGACGGCAACAAUACCUAUGUCCCCGGCCCAGUCUCCUGGACCAAACUACAUUUCGCAUUCACAGGGCACCAGCUACGUAACAUCACAGCCAUCUGCACAGUCACGUGGUACAAAUUAUGUGACAUCACAGUCACCAGGUACAAAUUAUGUGACGUCUCAGUCACCUGGUACAAAUUAUGUGACAUCACAGUCUCCUGGUACAAAUUAUGUGACAUCACAAUCUCCUGGUACAAAUUAUGUGACAUCACAAUCACCUGGUACAAAUUAUGUGUCGUCUUAUGAAGCGAAAGUAGGAGUGCCAAGCCCACGACCACCGACUCCUGAAGUUCAAAUAAAAAUCAAACAUCAGCCACAUAUCGUGCAACCAAAGUCAUCGAUGAUGCGUCCUGACCCCAUGCACCCUCAUAUCGGAGGUCAAGGUCAUGGAGGCCAGCCACAGAUUCAGAUAAACCUUGGACAGCAUGGUCCCCACUUUGCUCGUAGUGUUGUGGUACAGCGGGGUCAGGGACCUUACGAUUACAUCAGACGCCCUCUGGACACUCCGGGGUCAACCCCAAGGUCAGACUCUCCCAUAUCCUUACGAGGCACAAACCAGUCACCCAUGUCAACCACAUCAACGAGUAAUUCAGAUAUUCCAGAAAGACUUUCAGAUAAAAUCCCUGAUAAACCCCCUCCCCCUUACCCUGGGAAACAGAACAACAAGGCUCAUUUACCCCCUCAUGUGCAAAUAGUGACUCCAUUCGCUCAACAUCCACCUCCAUCUCACCCUCAGUUGCAAAUGAGUUAUCCAAUUCAUUUUGGUCAAAUUCAAGGGCAAAAUCAGGAACAGCCCCCAUUGCCACCAAGAGUGCCUAUACUAAAUAGAAUUUCUCCAGAAUCUUCGGACACACCUCCACCUGUGCCAACAAAAGGAACGGGAGUGAUGUCCCCUCCACCUCUUCCUCCCCAUUCCACAGGUAAACAGUCAAGGGGAAGUUCUCAAAAAGUUAACGGUGCAAGUAAAAAUGAACAAAAUGAUGAAACAGAUGAAACAACAUCAACAGUUUCUGACACAAGUAGUUGUAGUCACUCGGAAAAAACAAGGUGCACAUCUCCAAUGCCAGAGCGAAAAGCUGAUGCUAAAGAAAAGGACUCUUUACGUGGUGAAACUCUAGUACGGAACUAUUCACCGCAGGCAUUCAAAUUUUAUAUGGAACAACAUAUAGAAAAUGUGUUAAAAUCUCACAAAGAACGAGAAAAAAGACGAUUGCAAUUAGAACGUGAAAUGUCGAAAGUUGGACUGUCUGAAGAAGCUCAGCACCAAAUGAGGCGCAUGCUUCAUCAGAAAGAAUCCAACUAUAUCCGAUUAAAAAGAGCAAAAAUGGAUAAAUCCAUGUUUGAAAAAAUAAGUUCAUUAGGUGUCGGGGCAUUUGGAGAGGUGGCCCUGGUACAAAAGAAAGAGGUCAAUCAACUGUAUGCAAUGAAAAUGUUAAGGAAAAGCGAUGUGUUGAAACGUAACCAGGUGGCUCAUGUGAAGGCGGAGCGGGAUAUAUUAGCUGAGGCGGACAAUGAGUGGGUCGUGAAACUCUACUAUUCCUUCCAAGAUCGUGAUAACCUGUACUUUGUGAUGGACUAUGUGCCAGGGGGAGACCUCAUGGGUCUUCUUAUCAAACUAGAAAUAUUCGAGGAACCUCUUGCUGUUUUCUAUAUUGCAGAAUUAGUGCUAGCCAUUGAAAGUGUGCAUAAAAUGGGGUUCAUACACAGAGACAUCAAACCAGACAAUAUUUUAAUUGACAAAGAUGGACACAUGAAACUAACUGACUUUGGAUUAUGUACCGGGUUUCGAUGGACACAUAAUUCCAUGUACUAUCAGCCACAAGGGCACCACCUUAGACAAGAUUCUAUGGACGUAAAUUUUACAUCGGAAGUAGAGUGUAAGUGUGGGCAAUCACAACCCCUAAAGCCCCUAGAACGGAGACGAAAACGCCACAACCACCGCUGUCUCGCACACUCUCUCGUCGGCACCCCCAACUACAUUGCUCCUGAGGUCCUUGCUGUCAGUGGUUCAGGGUACACGAAGUGCUGUGAUUGGUGGAGUGUGGGCGUGAUUUUGUACGAGAUGUUGGUGGGACAGCCUCCCUUCUACGCGCCAACGCCACAGGAAACGCAAAUGAAGGUCAUCAAUUGGAAACAGAAUUUGAAAAUUCCGAGGGAGGCCAAUCUAUCACGAGCAGCUGAAGAUCUGAUCUUGAAACUGUGCUGUGACCAAGAGACACGUCUUGGUGCAAAAGGUGCCGCCGAGAUCAAAGAGCAUCCAUUCUUUUACUCACUGAACUUUGAGGGGUUACGGAAACAGACAUCUCUGUACAAACCCAAAAUUAGUCAUCCCACGGACACGUCUAACUUUGACCCCAUUGACCCUGAACGAGUUAGAGAAAGUGACCCAGACGAGGAAAUCAAAAAGCCUGACCAUCCGGUCAAUGGAAAACAUCCCGAGCAUGCAUUUUUUGAGUUCACAUUCCGCAGGUUUUUUGAUGAUGGAGGACAUCCGUAUCCCAUGAGAAACUGGGAACAUGGUAUUGAGAAAGAGAGUGACACUGCAAAGGAAUCUGAAUCCGAGUCAUCUAAUGCUCCUGUCUACGUAUGACAUCACAUUCUGACUCGGCUGUAAAUCUGAUCACCUGAUCAGAAGUAUAGGCGAGUCCGAACACUACAAAAGUUGUCUAAGAUAAAGAUGGUUUUCACAAAGCUGUUGUUCAAGGUUGAAACUGAAAUACAUCUUGCUUUAAGUUACAAAAUAAUAUAUUAAUGCCAAUUCAUUUCUUGGUUGUAGUUUUAUUGUUUUGAAUCAAAUUGCUUAGCAAUGGAAUGUGAGUGGAAAGGACUGUUCCCACACCGUGUUAUCUAACUCAUAAGACCACCCAACACUUUAUUGAACAUGUGUAACAUGAUGACGAUACAGACAGUUCAUCCAAAACAAAAUUGAAGAAAAUUUUCUAAAAAUUAGUCAAUAUAAGAACUAUGAUUGAAACUUAUUUAUUGCAUAGUAUCUCAUCUAAAGACUAGGUAAAUCAGAGUUCACCAGAAAAUGUGACAAAAUCAUUUUUGUGACUCCAUCUUUAUUUGUUAGGGGAUCUUGGAGGGAAUUUCAUAUGGGAAAGAAAUAGGAUGUCAUUUUACAUGUAUAAAUCCUAUGGACAUGCUCAACAGAAAUUUGACCUGUGACGAUGUUGGAAUUUGCCUCUAGGAAUCACCUUAUACCAGGUAUAUUGAUGAUACUGAUGGAGAUGUUGUACUGUUACCUAUCUAUGACUAAAUGGUAUACAGCCUGUUUGACUGGUAUCUAAAUAGUAUCUUAACAUACUUGUUCAGUUACGAGAGAGAGAAAGAGAGUGUGUGUGUGUGAAAUCUAUAAAGAGAUACAGAGAGCAAGGGAGAGAACAAAGUUUGUUGUUAGAUUUUUGUUUAAUUUUGGAUCAAAUCCAAAGAAAAGAUAUUAUUUCGUACCAUUGAAAAACAGUGUUUAUAAUGUUUAUCAAAACAGUCUUUCAUCAUUGUACAAAUCACAUCAAUUUGACAACACGUUUGUGGACGUCUUUCAAAACUAUGCAUUUCUUCAGUGAGAUGUUUGAUCACUGUCAAAACUAGAUACCCAUGAAUGUCAAUACACACUUUAUUGGUGUUCUAAAUAUGUUUACACGAAGUCUGUCGAGUAAUGUCAGUGACACCGUAACAUUUGUUGGAUGACCUAAGUGGAAGAAAUUUACAUCAAGUAUUGGGCGUCAUAAAAAUGAUAAUUAUAUUUUAACUUGUGCUGAAAUAGUAACAAACUUUUUUUGGACGUUUAUUAUUUGAUAUUUCUAGGAAAAUAUUCCAAAGCUUUUUAUAACAAAAAAUUAUUUUCGAAUUGAAUGUCAUUAAAAGUGAUUGCCAGCUACUGGGUGUAAAACUUUCUUCUACAAAGGUGUUCUUAUUGUGCAAUAUCGAGAUUUAAGUGCUCUUAAUAUUGAUUCAGGUAAUUUGAAUGAAGUUUGAAUACAAGAGAAAAUAUUUAUAUGCAAAUGUAUAUAUUUUUCUGGUGAAUGAUAAAAUGUUUGAAUUGAGCAUAAUGAUAAAGUAACCUGGAAUUUGAAAUCCUGUAUGUGCUCUUUUCAAAGUGAAGAUGAUUGAGAUCACACAUACAGGUAAUUUAGAAUUUUGAUACAGCCCUAUUUCUGACGAGACAUGUGGGUGUGUGAUUUAUUGUCAAUAGAGCUAGACUCUUACAUAUGCUUUGAAAACUUUCUAGUCAAGGAAGUGAUAUUUGUUAACCAGACUGUCUGUGAAUUCUUUUAUCAGUAUUAAUAAAUAAAGAAAACAACAUUUGUAAAAUGAUUCCAUAAUACUAAAAUUAGAUUUAAAAUCCCUUUGUUGACACACCCACUUGUCUUUUUGGGGAUGACAGGGGAGAUCAUUCAAAAUCUGGACAAAGGCUAAUGGCUUUCAGCAAACACUAUACAGUCAUUUGGAUGUGACUCGUCAUAAUGACACUAAAUACUCUUCACUGAUGGCAGUUUUACCACUGAUGUAUCCACAGUUGAUGUUGUAAAAGUGAUGCCUGUAAAACCUUUGACUUGAGUUUUUCCCAACAUCUGUUUGGCAAGAAGUAUACCAAGGACUCCUUUAAAUUUGAUUAUUCAGAGUUGGGAAAUAUGUGUACAUAUGUACACACUGUGGAUCCACAGGGUCAAUAAUGGGGUCAAAAGAUUGGACGAGGAGACGAAAAAAAAAUGAAAACUUACCAUGAUAUGUAUAAUGACAUCUAAGUAUAUUUUUUAUUGCUAUAAAUAAGUAACAGUCUAGAAGGAGAUUUUAUAAGACCAACAGUUAACACCUGUAUCUCCUUCUGUGAGUUCAUAUAAUGAAUAAUGAAUAAAUUUCCACCUGAUUUUGAUGUUUUAGUUCAGUAUCACCUACUGCCAGAUUGUUAUGUUAGAGCUUUCAUCCAGUCAUGUGUGGUGAUCCAACAAACCUGCAAGAUUGCUAGCCAUUUUUUUUUUUUUUUUAGGUACUUCUUAAUUUAUAACAAAGAAAUAUUUGGAUUGGUAUCACCUAAAAGUGCUUUCAUUAAGAUGCAGCAAUGCACCUGGCCCAUGUCUAUGUUAAGCUAUCUAGUUUUAUCUGUUGAUCAACAUUUUUUACCUGUCCAGGUAAUAUUACUGUUUGUUGUUUUAGUGUCUGUGACUUAUAAAGCAGUUCUAGCCUUUUUACCUGUUUCUGUUUACUGCUAACGCUUCUGUCCUGUUCGUUCUGUUUGUAAAUAUUUAUAUAUAUACUUAUAUAUAUAUAUAUAUGUAUAUAUAUAUAUAUAUAUAUAUAGAGUACAUUUACCUGUAUGUAUAAUAGUAAUGUAUAAAAACAAGAAAUAAAAAGGGCUUGAGCUUGCAGCUUGUAUGCCUAGAUUUCCCAUGGUGCAACCUAUGUACAGUGUAAAGAAUUCCUCUUAGUGUGUUGAGCUGUGAUGGUGAAGCAAGUGUGCAUUGAUGUGUGCUGACAGGGGAUACCCCAUAUGUACUGUACAUGUGCAAAUGUUCAAAGAUUGAAUGCGAGAGAGUUAGAUACAAAAUUUUAAAUGGUCAGUAUAUAUGUGUACAAUGAAAGGUGUGAAGGUUAAAUGUGUCGUAUAAAUGUACGUACGGUCAGUACACUGUGUGUCCGAUAAAUUGAGCAACUUCGAGGAAAUCUGUAAUUGUGAUCGUGCACACAGCCUACGUGUAAAUAUUAGUGUGCUCCCCCUACCUACAUUGGUAGUCUAGUAGAUAUAUCUGGCCACUCGCAACAGGGGUAACAACUGCCAGGGCUAAAACCAUUAUACUGGGAAUAUGUAGGAUUAAAACUGGCAAUAUUCUCAAAAUAAAAGAUGUCAACAUAAA